AUGGCUCAAGCGGCUAAACAGCUGAAGAAAAUCAAAGACAUCGAGGCUCAGGCCCUCCAGGAGCAGAAGGAGAAGGAGGAAUCCAACAGGAAGCGGAGGAACCGCUCCCGUGACCGAAAGAAGAAGGCCGAUGCGGCUACCAGCUUUCUGAGGGCAGCAAGAUCAGGUAACUUGGACAAAGCUCUGGAUCACCUGCGGAAUGGCGUAGACAUUAACACCUGUAACCAGAAUGGGCUGAACGGCUUGCACCUGGCCUCUAAAGAAGGCCAUGUGAAGAUGGUGGUUGAACUUCUGCACAAAGAAAUCAUUCUAGAAACGACAACCAAGAAAGGGAACACGGCUCUGCACAUCGCCGCCCUCGCUGGUCAGGACGAGGUGGUCCGGGAGCUGGUCAACUAUGGUGCCAAUGUCAACGCCCAGUCGCAGAAAGGCUUUACACCCUUGUACAUGGCAGCACAAGAGAAUCACUUGGAAGUGGUUAAGUUUUUACUGGAAAAUGGAGCUAAUCAGAAUGUGGCCACAGAAGACGGCUUCACUCCUCUAGCCGUGGCUCUGCAGCAGGGCCACGAGAACGUGGUGGCACACCUCAUCAACUACGGGACGAAGGGCAAGGUGCGCCUCCCGGCCCUGCACAUCGCGGCCCGUAACGACGACACCCGGACAGCGGCGGUGCUCCUACAGAAUGACCCCAACCCGGACGUGCUUUCCAAGACGGGAUUCACCCCCCUCCACAUCGCAGCUCACUACGAGAACCUCAACGUGGCCCAGUUGCUCCUCAACAGGGGCGCCAGCGUCAACUUCACCCCACAGAACGGCAUCACGCCGCUGCACAUCGCCUCCCGCAGGGGGAACGUGAUCAUGGUGUGGCUCCUGCUGGACCGCGGGGCCCAGAUAGAAACAAGGACCAAGGAUGAAUUGACACCUCUCCACUGUGCAGCUCGGAAUGGGCACGUGCGAAUCUCAGAGAUCCUGCUGGACCACAAGGCACCCAUCCAAGCUAAAACCAAGAAUGGCCUGUCCCCAAUUCACAUGGCGGCUCAGGGAGACCACCUUGACUGUGUCCGACUUCUAUUGCAAUACAAAGCGGAGAUAGACGACAUCACCCUAGACCACCUGACCCCGCUCCACGUGGCAGCCCACUGCGGCCAUCACAGAGUAGCCAAGCUCCUUUUGGAUAAAGGAGCCAAACCAAAUUCCAGAGCCCUGAACGGCUUCACCCCCUUGCAUAUCGCCUGCAAGAAGAACCACAUCCGUGUCAUGGAGCUGCUGCUGAAGACGGGGGCUUCCAUUGACGCAGUCACUGAGUCUGGCUUGACACCUCUCCACGUGGCCUCCUUCAUGGGGCACCUGCCCAUUGUGAAGACUCUCCUCCAGCGGGGGGCAUCACCCAACGUCUCCAACGUGAAAGUGGAGACCCCACUGCACAUGGCAGCCAGAGCAGGGCACACAGAAGUGGCCAAGUAUUUGCUCCAGAACAAAGCCAAAGUCAAUGCCAAGGCCAAGGAUGACCAGACCCCACUUUACUGUGCAGCUCGCAUUGGCCACACAAGCAUGGUGAAGCUCCUGCUAGAAAAUAACGCCAAUCCCAACCUGGCCACCACCGCCGGCCACACACCCCUGCACAUUGCGGCCCGAGAGGGCCACGUGGAGACGGUCCUGGCCCUCCUGGAAAAGGAAGCAUCCCAGGCAUGCAUGACCAAGAAAGGAUUUACCCCUCUCCAUGUGGCUGCUAAGUACGGGAAGGUUAGGGUGGCCGAGGUGCUGCUGGAACGGGACGCACAUCCAAAUGCUGCCGGAAAAAAUGGCUUGACCCCUCUGCACGUGGCCGUCCAUCACAACCACCUGGACAUCGUCAGGCUGCUGCUCCCCCGGGGUGGCUCCCCACACAGCCCUGCUUUGAAUGGCUACACCCCUCUGCACAUUGCUGCCAAGCAGAACCAGAUGGAGGUGGCCCGAAGCCUGCUGCAGUACGGAGGGUCAGCAAAUGCAGAGUCGGUGCAAGGUGUGACACCCCUUCACCUGGCUGCCCAAGAGGGUCACACAGAGAUGGUGGCUCUGCUGCUUUCGAAACAAGCCAAUGGCAAUCUGGGGAACAAGAGUGGACUCACCCCCCUCCAUCUGGUAGCACAAGAAGGCCACGUUCCAGUGGCAGACGUGCUGAUCAAACAUGGUGUCAUGGUGGACGCCACCACCCGGAUGGGUUAUACCCCACUCCACGUAGCCAGUCAUUACGGCAAUAUCAAGCUGGUGAAGUUUCUGCUACAGCACCAGGCAGAUGUCAAUGCCAAGACGAAGCAAGGAUACAGUCCCUUGCACCAGGCAGCCCAACAGGGACAUACAGACAUCGUGACCCUGCUUCUCAAAAAUGGUGCUUCCCCAAACGAGGUCAGCUCGAAUGGAACUACACCUCUGGCAAUAGCCAAGCGCUUAGGCUACAUCUCUGUAACAGACGUGCUCAAGGUUGUCACGGAUGAAACCAGUUUUGUGUUAGCCAGUGACAAGCACCGGCUGAGUUUCCCUGAGACGGUAGAUGAGAUCCUGGAUGUCUCUGAAGAUGAAGGAACUGCUCAUAUAACUAUCAUGGGGGAAGAACUCGUCUCCAAGGCUGAGAAGCCGGAUUCCAGAGAUAUCGAUGAAGAGAAGGAGCUGCUGGAUUUUGUGCCGAAGCUAGACCAAGUGGUGGAAUCUCCAGCCAUCCCAAGGAUCCCUUGUGUCACGCCCGAGACAGUGGUGAUCAGAUCUGAGGAGCCAGAACAGGCGUCUAAGGAGUAUGACGAAGACUCCCUCAUCCCCAGCAGCCCGGCCACAGAGACCUCAGACAACAUCAGCCCAGUGGCCAGCCCCGUCCACACAGGGUUUUUGGUGAGCUUCAUGGUGGACGCCCGGGGAGGCUCCAUGAGGGGGAGCCGGCACAAUGGCCUGCGGGUGGUGAUCCCGCCCCGGACGUGCGCCGCCCCAACUCGGAUCACCUGCCGCCUGGUCAAGCCCCAGAAGCUGAGCACGCCGCCCCCGCUGGCCGAGGAGGAGGGCCUGGCCAGCAGGAUCAUUGCACUGGGACCCACGGGGGCCCAGUUCUUAAGCCCUGUGAUCGUGGAGAUUCCCCACUUUGCCUCCCAUGGCCGUGGGGACCGUGAGCUCGUGGUGCUGCGCAGUGAAAACGGCUCCGUGUGGAAAGAACACAAGAGCCGCUACGGAGAAAGCUACCUGGAUCAGAUCCUCAACGGGAUGGACGAAGAGCUGGGGAGUCUGGAGGAGCUGGAGAAGAAGAGGGUCUGCCGCAUCAUCACCACCGACUUCCCCUUGUACUUCGUGAUCAUGUCACGGCUCUGCCAGGACUACGACACCAUCGGCCCUGAAGGGGGCUUUCUGAAGAGCAAGCUGGUCCCUCUGGUGCAGGCAACGUUCCCAGAAAAUGCCGUCACCAAGAGAGUGAAGCUGGCUCUGCAGGCCCAGCCUGUGCCUGAUGAGCUCGUCACCAAACUCCUGGGCAACCAGGCCACCUUCAGCCCCAUCGUCACCGUGGAGCCACGGCGCCGGAAGUUCUACCGCCCCAUCGGCCUUCGGAUCCCACUCCCUCCUUCCUGGACGGACAACCCGAGGGACAGCGGGGAGGGGGACACCACCAGCCUGCGCCUGCUCUGCAGUGUCACUGGAGGAACAGACCAAGCCCAGUGGGAGGACAUAACAGGGACAACCAAGCUCGUGUAUGCCAACGAGUGUGCUGCCUUCACCACCAACGUCUCUGCCAGGUUUUGGCUGUCGGACUGUCCUCGGACUGCUGAGGCUGUCAACUUCGCCACCCUGCUUUACAAGGAGCUCACCGCGGUGCCCUACAUGGCCAAGUUUGUCAUUUUUGCCAAGAUGAAUGACCCCCGGGAAGGGCGCCUCCGCUGCUACUGCAUGACGGACGAUAAAGUGGACAAGACCCUGGAGCAGCAUGAGAACUUCAUCGAGGUGGCUCGGAGCAGGGACAUAGAGGUUUUGGAAGGAAUGCCUCUUUUCGCGGAGCUCUUUGGCAACCUGGUGCCCGUCAAAAAAGCUACCCAGCAACGGAGUUUCCUCUUCCAGUCGUUUCGGGAGAACCGUUUGGCCAUACCUGUCAAGGUGAGGGACAGCAGUCGAGAACCAGCGGGGUCCUUGUCAUUUCUCCGCAAGGCGAUGAAGUAUGAGGACACCCAGCACAUUCUCUGCCACCUGAACAUCACCAUGCCCCCCUGCACCAAGGGGGCCACACCUGACGACAGGAAGAGGACAUUGACGCCCCUGGCCCUGAGAUACAGCAUCCUCAGCGAAUCGUCACUGGGUUUUCUCAGUGGGACCGACCGAGCAGAUAUGAAGAUGGCUAUUAUAUCAGAGCACCUUGGCCUCAGCUGGGCGGAGCUGGCUCGGGAGCUGCAGUUCAGCGUUGAGGACAUCAACAGGAUCCGCGUGGAGAACCCCAACUCCCUGCUGGAGCAGAGCGCAGCCUUGUUGAAUCUCUGGGUCGUCCGUGAAGGCAAAAACGCAAAGAUGGACAAUCUGUACGCAGCCCUGCGCAACAUUGACCGGAGUGAGAUCGUGAACAUGCUGGAGGGCUCGGGCAGACAGAGCCGCAACCUGAAGCCCGACCGGAGGCACAGGGACCGGGACUACUCUUCGUCACCCUCCCAGAUGAAUGGUUACUCCUCGCUACAAGACGAGCUGCUGUCCCCCGCCUCCCUGCACUACGCGCUUCCCUCUCCGCUGCGUGCAGACCAGUACUGGAACGAGGUGGCCGUCAUAGAUGCCAUCCCCUUGGCGGCCACGGAGCAUGACACCAUGCUGGAGAUGUCUGACAUGCAGGUGUGGUCUGCAGGCCUCACACCCUCCCUGGUCACUGCUGAGGACUCCUCUCUGGAGUGCAGCAAGGCCGAGGACUCUGACGCCACCGGCCAUGAGUGGAAGCUGGAGGGGGUGCUCUCCGAGGGACCCCAGGGCCCCACAAUGGGCUCUCUGGACCUUGUGGAGGACGACACAGUGGAUUCAGAUGCCACAAAUGGCCUUAUCGAUUUGCUUGACCAGGAAGAAGGUCAGAGGUCAGAAGAGAAGCUGCCAGGUCGUAAGAGUCAGGAGGACUCCACGGGUGCAGGGCAGGACUCAGAGAAUGAAGUGUCUCUUGUUUCAGGCCAGCAGAGGGUGCAAGCCCGCAUCACAGAAUCCCCCAGCGUGAGUCGGGUGAUGGAGACGAGCCAGGACAGGCUGCAGGACUGGGAGGAAGAAGGCUCCAUUGUGUCAUACCUACAAGAUGCUCAGAGCUCCUGGCAAGGGGAUGUCGUACGUGGCCCACACUCAUUCCAGAGUACGAUCACCACCAUCAAAGAGCUGGAGCCCAGUGGGUCUCAGGAGUAUGAGAAGGUCCUGGUGUCUGCGACUGAGCACAUUUGGGAGGAGCAGCCCAACGCUGAGAGCCUGCAGGCCGACAGGGAACAGAGACGCCAAAGCCACGAGGAGUGGGUGCAGGAGGCUCAGAGCACUUUCUCCCAGACAGCAGAGGGGAAUGAGUUUCAGAAUAUUCCAGGGGAGCAGGUGACCGAGGAACAGUUCACAGAUGAGCAGGGCAACAUUGUCACCAAGAAGAUCAUUCGCAAAGUUGUUCGGCAGAUUGACUCAUCUGGUGCCGAUGACACCCAGGAGCACGAGGAGGAUCACACCUCGACACCCAACCCUUGAACUCCACACACACUCUGCCAUGCACACAGAAGGAGAGCUGGAGCGGAGGGCUACAGAAGUGGUGCGCCUGUUCCUCUAGGCUAACGGCAUGAUCUCUGUAAGGGACUUCCUUUAGUCUCCUAUUCGCAUGAACGACUGACUGUAGACGCAUGGCCUACAGUCCUCAAUCCUGCCUCUAGCAACGACGGAUCUCAGUUGGGAAUCAGGACAAAUGCCUCAAGAAGGGGGGGCGGGGAGAGAGAGAGGGAUAGAAAACGAGCUCGAGAGAGCGUGUGAACGCAAACGUGAACAAGGGCUCUUUUGUGGCUGGGGAUGAUAUAUUUUUUUAAAUCAUUUUAAUUUUGACUUGUUACAGGGUACUUUUUUUUCAACCUCAUCUGUAGGAAAUCCACGUGGGCUUCCUGGAAAGAAAAAAAAAAAAAGAAAAAGAAAAGAAAACUAGGCACAAAAUCAGUUUGGCACCUUAAUCCCAUGUCCCCACUUGCCAGCCUUCCCCACCACCGCACACCUCCAUUCCAUUUGUGACGUCCCCUCCGCCUCCCUCAGGGGGCCGCUCCUCCCAGAAAGCUCUAUAUGACAUUCAGGACACACAGGCACAUACACACACACACACACACACACACACACACACACACACAGAAAAGCACCUCUCCCGUCUCCUCAGUAUACACACAGAUUUUACUGUGACGUCCAAAGCUGUAUAGAAUCUCCUGUGGAUAAACUGGAAUUUUUUUAUGUUGUCUCUCUCUCUCUCUCUCUCUGUCUGUCUCUCUCUCUCUCUGCCAGUCUCAGUAUUAAUCAUCUUCCAAUGGAAAAUCAUUACCUUUAGAGUGCAUUCGGGGUUCCUUGUGUUAGGGACUUAAGAAUCAGAGGCGAGGACCCCCAGGCUUAGCUGUAGGGCUCAAAGGGAGCCAGUGCCCCAUCUGCAAGGGUCUUCUCUCUCAGCUGGGGGCGGGCCGGUGGCUGUCCCAGGAUUGCACCAGCAUGUUCAAUAGAGAGGAGGUUUUUCUAUAUCUUCAAGCACUUAUAUCAUAGUCUGUGUUCAAAGUGUAAACUGUACAGUAAUCAGCCUUGUGUAUAUGAAAAACAAUAAAUACUAUGCAAACCAAUAGAAACACUUUAGCAGUUUGUACAAAGCACUAACAGCUCAGCUCCUGAGGACUUCUCCGGGCUGCAGGAGAAGGAGCUACAGCCUGUCUUUCAGUGAAAGAGGAAGGAAGGGAGUAGGCCUAGUUGAAUGUUAUCUGCCAGUUCUUAGAAGUCAGCCACCCCCCCGCCAGGGUCUCCCAGAGCCAACUUGGUGCUCUAAGUCCAGGCAGCCCACAGGAUGGGGGGCCUAGGCUGGACAGCCUCAGUGCCCCCACUCUGACCAAGCCCCUCCGCCCCACUCGGAGAGGCGGGCGGGGGGCCCACUCCCGACCACAGGCCCAGGGGGAGGAGAGCCGGAGGAGGAGAGAGCCGCUGGCCGCCUGGAGGCCCCGGGCUAGGACGGAGCCCCUCCGAGGCCAGGCCCUCGGUCAGAGCAGGAAGGAAGCAGACAGCUGGCUGUUCCUCGCCUCGGUGCCACCAGGGAAGAGCCUUAAAGUUACACUAGAGCCUCCGGCGGAGCGAGGCCCGAAUCAGCACAAUCCGCCCCGCCCUGCGCGGCGGGCGCCCUCUAGGGGCAGGAGAGAGACUGGCAGGCUCUUCUCGCUCACAAGGGCCUUUGUUUGUGGACGUCCUGUCUGUCACCUUCCGCCCUGCCGCUCCUCUGAGGUGUCCUCAGACACAUCAAACCUUCCAAGUAGCACAGAAGCUCCCUCCCGACCGAGCCCCCACGGCCCUGGUGCCUGUCACCAGCGCACAGGUCUCCCGGCGGAGGCCGCAGGCCCCAGGCGCCCGGGCCGGCCGAGGCGCUCCGCUUGGACCCGGCGGCUUGCGCUUUGCUUUCGGAGGGGCGGCCCGGGCGCUGGGGGCCAGGCGUGCGCCGAGGGCGGUGUCCCGGGAGGCGCGGCCCCCGGCCCCCCACGCCCCCAAGCCCGCGGUGCAGGGGUGCGGCGCUGCUCCGCGUCCGCCGGGCGCCCUCCCGGCCCCGGGAAGCCAGGCGCGGGGCUCGCCUCCCCUCCUCGAUCCCGCGCGGUCCCCCCGCAGGCCGCCGCCGCCGCCGCCGCCGCCGCCCCCCGUAGCCCCUAGUAGAGCCCGGCGUGGGCCCCGCGGCUCCAGGCUAUGCUUUGGCACCUUCCGCUGCGUCUGGCAUGGCUGCUUGGCCCGCCGGCCCCAGGCCCUCGGCGGCAUGGCUGCGCGCUCCAGUUGCUAGUAGGAGCUGUUAGGGGAGGAGUUUGGGGUCUCCACAUGAUGCCUAGAGAAUGCUGCAGUCUGCACAUUAGACGCUUUUUAGAAGUUUUGGAAUUACCUUGAUUUUUUUAAUUGUUAUGAAAAUGACUCUUUUCUUGACUCUCUCCCAAAUGCUCUGUUAUCGGGAGAGAACCCCCACCCCCCCCACACACUCUUGAUGUAUAGACCAUUCUCCCUACACCAGCUGAACAAAUGUCAAAAUUAAUAAAGAAAUUGACUCAUGGCA